AUGCCCUCCGGCGUGGCUUUUGCGCAGGGCCCCACACCUCAGAGGCAUCUCGCCUCUCAUGGCGACCGUGUUGUCGGUGCCCGUGAUGGCCACAGAGGUCAUGGAGCUCCUCCCAUGCAGAAGCAGAAGUCCUUCCAACCAUUGCAGAUCUUUGCGAUGGGCGGAGGAGCUGCGCUUGGUGCUAGGAUGGCUGUCCGGCGGUCAGCGAAGUCUGAGUCGACCUUGACCCUGGAACCGACCCGUCCGUCUCACAACAGCCGCGAGCUGACUCAAGGUUCACUUCAAGGAGACGUGUUCCUUCUCCAGACUCCGCUGAUUCUGCCUUCUCCUCUGCCUUCGUGGAUCGCCCAGGCACUGCCCAAGCACUCUGUGGUUUUAGCAGGUGUGGAGGGUGGGUAUGCAGCCUUUGACUUCGUGCCGGCCAAGCCUGAGGACCCUGGCUCCGCACUGCAGCUCUUGCUCGGCGGUUCGGUGGAGGGACUUUGUGGGACUCGCAAGUUGAGGGGGCUGCCGCGGGGUGCCGUUCGACUCGGCCGGGUGGCAGAAGGUGUUACUGUAGAGGACGUGAUCAAUGUCAACGAGAGAUUCGACAAGAUGCUGUCGUUGACGGCCAAUGACUGCAACAGUUACUCACAGAGUGUCCUGGCUGCCAUACUAGCGGACCCGGACAAGCUGGUGCAAGAGCGUUUGUUUUCAACCCUGGAUUGGGACGAGAUGCAGCAGAGCAGCAAAGUGCAGUACAAGGAGCCCUCGGUUACGAAUGCGAUUGUCCUGGUGGCUGGUACCACUGUCGGGGCUGGCAUUUUGGCCUUGCCCGCCGUCACUCAGCCCGCUGGGUUCGUGCCAUCGACGGUAGCUCUGACUUUCGCCUGGAUGUACAUGGCCGUCACGGGCCUUUUCAUUGCGGAGGUCGCCUGUCGAACCAUGGCUGCCACUGGUAAGCGAGCGACGUCCCUCCAGUCCAUGGCUUCGACCUCCAUCGGCCCUGCCGGCGCAUGGCUGAGCUCCGCAGCCUUCGUCUUCUUGCACAUGGCACUGCUGAUCGCCUACUGCUCCCGUGGUGGUGAGCUGCUCACGUCCUUGAUUCCCAUCCUCGGCUCCCUCGGCGUGCCUGGGCCUGCUGUCUUUGCAAGUCUCUUCGGUGGCUUCAUCUUCUUGACGAAGGGCACGGAUGCCUUGGAUCAGGGGAACAACGCCUUUGCAGUCGUGGUGGCCGUCUCCUUCUUUGCCUUGGUCGCACUGGCCAUCCCUGCAGGCGACGCCGCGCGACUGCUCGCCGUUGCAGAUUGGGGCAAGGCCACCGACACGGUGCCCACUCUCCUGCUGUCCUUAGUCUACCACAACGUGGUUCCCACUGUCUGCGCACAGCUUGAGGGAGACCGCGGGAAGAUCACAACGGCCAUCGUUGUGGGCAGCCUGGUGCCAUUUUUGAUGUUUGUUGUGUGGAAUGCCGCUGUGCUGGCGGCCCUUCCCAUAGGCUCUGCAGGGGAUCCGCUGGAGGUGCUCCGGAGCACAGGCAGCCCGCUUGUGGCCACCGGCAUCCUGGCAUUUUCUCUUAGUGCUAUCGUUACAUCCUUCGUGGGCUUCGUGGUCGCUCUCACCGACUUCUUCGCGGACUUGGAUAAUCGCACAGAGGACAGCUCCCUGCCUUUGAAGCUCCGGGACUUUGCGCUGACCCUUGUCCCGCCCGUGAUCGUAGCCUGUUUGGACCCGAGCCUGUUCUUCCAAGCCAUCGACAAAGCCGGAGCCUUUGGCGUCUCCACACUAUUCGGGCUCCUGCCAGCCUGGAUGGUGCUGACAAAGCGAUCCUCGGAGUCACCUGUACUCACACGAGUCCCGCAGUUUCUGGGUGGCUAUGUUCGAGGGCCUCUUGUUCCUGGCGGGCCCCUCAUCCCCGUGUUAGCAGCCGUGGUGGCGCUUCUGGUCGUGGGCGACAACGCCCUGGAGCUGUUGCACGGAACAUAG